AUGGAGGCUAUGAAGCCCAAGUUGAAAGUGCUGAAAAAGCGUCGCUCCAGCCUUUUUGCGACCAUAAAACGGGAGAUGAGCUUUACGCAAAGCAUUGAAGAACAAGAAAGUGAAUUCCCUUUUUCACAGGACAGCUCUGUGAAAGCAUGGACAUCUAUGGACAACCUUGACGCACCUGAAGAGAAAAAAGGUGCAAGAAAAGAUCAGAAAAAAAUUACACCCAACCCAAGGAAAUCGAACAUAGUCAACCUCAACAUAGGAGGAAAGGUGUUUCACAUUCCAAAGCAUUUGGUUCUCAAAUACCCCAAAACCAGGAUUGGAGUCCUUGCCCUCUGCAACGAUCCGGUGAAGCGUCUGACACUCUGUGACGAUUACAAUGUUCAGAAUGACGAGUUCUUUUUUGACAGGGACCCCAUGUUUUUCCACUACAUCUUCCACUUUUACUGCAGUAAUGUCCUGUGGGUGAUGGACAGUCUGUGUCCUGUCAACUUUGAGGAGGAGAUGUCAUUCUGGGGGUUGAAACUGAAGGACACUCCAAGGUGCUGCCGCAUUCUGUUUGAGGAGAAAGUGGAUGACAUCAGAGACCAGCUGAAGGUGAACCAGGAGCUGCUCGACGAGAUUAAGCCUCACCAAGAUGGCGAGGGAUACAAGACCAUGUUUCUUGGAGACUUUCGGAAGAUCCUCUGGGACUUGAUGGAGAAUCCUUACUCCUCUCUAGGAGCCAAAGCCUUUGCUGUGUUUUCCAGUCUCUUUGUGCUUAUCUCUAUUGUUGCCAUGACACUGAAUACAGUAAAUGAACUCAGGCAGUAUAAACUUGGUGGAAAAACCUACAUGGAGUGGAUAGAGGUUUCCUCCAUCCUUUUCUUCACCUUAGAGUACUUUUUGCGGUUAUUCACCACAUCCAACAUCAAACAUUUUGUGAAGAGUGCCCUCAACUUUGUUGAUGUGGUGGCUGUGAUGCCCUAUUUCCUCCAGAUCAUUUUUGAGACAUUUGUUAUGGAUUCCGAAGACGUCAGCGCAAAGGAGGAUUUAAAGGCCAUGGCGAGGGUCAGUAAAGUCAGCAAGGUGCUCAAGGUCGUCAAGUUGAUGCGCAUCUUCCGAAUCUUGAAGCUCGCCCGUCACUCCACAGGCAUGAGGGCAUUUGGUUUUACCAUCCGACAGUGCUCUGAGCAGGUGUGCUGUCUGUUUCUGUUCAUUGCCAUGGGCAUCUUCACCUUCUCUGCUCUGAUGCACUCUGUGGAGGUGGAUCAGCCUGGGACACCUUUCAGCAGCAUACCAGACGCCUGGUGGUGGGCUGCGGUGAGCAUCUCUACUGUUGGCUACGGCGAUGUCGUCCCUAUCUCCUAUCUUGGCCGCUGUGUGGCGUUCGGCUGCAUCUCUUUCGGCAUCAUCCUCAAUGGCAUGCCCAUCUCCAUCCUGUUCAACAAGUUUUCUGACUAUUAUGCCAAACUGAAGGAACAGGAAUACACAUAUUCAAACACGGAGCGCUCCUUCCAGCUCAAGAAACGUCUGCGGCGCAAGUUUGACAGCUGCUUUGAACCCCCGCCAGAGGAGUCUGAUGACGAGAUACACUAUCGGCCCAGUGGAAGGCAAACUACCUUCGACAGCGAUGAUUUCUCAACCCACUAGUUACAACCUCGCUCACCCUAAAUGGCCUUAUCACCCAUGGGUCUAGAAACCGUAAGACCCAUCUGCCUCCGACUCUGAGGUCUGAGCUCAUGUGAAGAUAAACAAUCUCGUGGAGGGGGGUCAAUGGGGCGAUGGAAGCAGCAGCAAGUUGAGAUAAGCUUUAAGCUUCAGCUUUACAGUAGGUGCUGUGUGCACGCUAUGUGGGAUGACUCCUCUGUCAAAUGGACAAGAACCUCCUGCUGAACGGCUUGUUAUCUGUUUCCAAGAAUAGCACUCGGCCGAAACUAAUUCUGACUAAACCGAGAUAGAUGUUUGAUUCAGGGAGCUCAAGUAGUUACAUUAUCAACAAAGCAAUGUCAUACUCUAAUCACUUUACUGGGAGUGUGAUGCUUGUUAAGAACUGUUCUCAUUGGAAGUGCUAUUAAUGGACUGUUUUCGACAACUACAUGGUCUCUUACAUUUUACUUUACAUCCUUGAUAUUCUGCAACAGAAAUAAUGGAGUGCUGCAGGAAUGAGUCCUAAAACCCAGAAAUGAGUUAGCCCUUCCAGUUCCCUCAUCUCAAAGUCAGUGGGGGUUUUUUAAACCGGUUUUAGUUAGAUGCCUGAAAUAAGGUCUGUUAUCUCUUAAAUGCAAGUUUAAGAAAUUUUUAAAUAAUAGAGAUUUUAAAUAUGUCAGUGAAUACCCUACUUGUGAAUUGUGAAGCAUUUACAUGUGUUAAGAAAGGCGGUUGCCAACAAGUGGCUAAAUGUAACUACAGAGGUUGUCGCGGACAUUAAAGUCUUUCUCCAGACACAUAUUUAAUUAUGUAAAAAUAAUUACACUAACAAUAAUAUUUUCCUCAACAUGGUUUUAUAAUUAAAAAAUUUGCUUUCAGUGAGUUUUGCGUUCCACUUUUUCCAGAGCUGCUCAUGCUAAGUUGACUAGCGAAAGAGUAGUGAGCAUCAAGAUGGCUAGCGUUAGCAUUGGAGGAAACAUCAGAUGUUAAAUGUAGUUAGCAUCUUUUAUUUAUGCUGUUUGGUAGCUUGUUAGCUUGUGGGCUAACUGGCAGUGGUUGACACAGCCUGAGUGGGUGUGAAACAUAGUAAUAUCUGCUACAAUGGGGUUUCUGGUAGGUGGUGGAAGGAAGCUCCAGGGUUUACAUCCAAAAACUGAACACUCAUGUUUACUGUAAAACUUCCACUAUGCUAAUGCUAACUCUACUCUCUGUCCUGGGGGUUUCAGGUUUCUUUGCCAGUGUUCUAUCGAAGUCUGUUCCCCCGUCAAUAUGUGUGUCUUGUAUUAGACAGCGAAUGACUUCUGUGUUAGUGACGUAGGCUACCUACGUUAGCUUGCCCAGAGGACAUUUGAAUCUCAGAUUUUAGGGAAUUGCACAGACAUCGCCCCCCUCAGCAGUACAGUAUAUGAAAACACCUCUCUAGUGACAAAUUUUGCACAGAUGCAAGUCAGCACAGUCCAGGUCAGACAUUUUAGGAGCUCAUAAAUAUAAGAAAAACAAAUCUAAAAGUGGAGGAGGACUUUGAAUGUCAUGACGGAAGUUUUAGUGGUGGUGAUGUUGAAGUCAUGCCACGCCGGUGUUUGUUUAUAGCCUAACAUUAGGUCUUUACUUCUGACGAUUGCAUUUAUGCUUCAAAAAUCAUUACAAAGGUUUUCAUGUGUGAAGAUUAUCUUGCUGAACAAAAUUUGUGAGCUAACGUUUGUUUGCCACAGAUCUAUUUUCUGCAAUAAUACAAAAUCCAAUGGAAAAUUACCAUUAGCUUUUGUCGCGGGAAUCAGGGCGAUCCUAACUUCCGGGUUGGCCUGCAGAAAGCAUAAUUCCUGCAGCACUCUCUAACCUUUAUUUAAAUAUCAACUCAUUUGAACAUGGUGGACGUGGUGGAUUGUAGUCAUUGUCCUCCACUCUUAUAGACUGAGGAAAUACAAGUGUACAUGCGAUGAAAACUCAGAUUUACAUGCACCUCAGAAAAAAACGCCCCCAGUGCAAAGCUCUUCUAUGUGCCAUGCUUCAUGUGUCAGCAAAGUGGUAUUGUAGUCAAAGGAAGCACACCUUUCUCUCUGUCCAGUCACUUGGCCUGUUCUUAACGGCACUAAGUCGGAGGAGAGGUGCAGCAGGGGGUGUGUCAGUAUAGCGAUCAAGAGCACGAGUGUAAUUUUGUUGUCAAGGAUUACCGGGAUUUGAGCUUGCGCCUCCUGCCUGGUCAGUCAAGGGCAAGAGUCAGCCAUGUACUGUGCUAUUUUGGUGGCACAGAUAAUCUGAUCAGGUGUGCGCAAUCAAGUUCUAUAUUCAAUACUUAGAAGUUACUUUUAUGAAUGAUGGCAGGUCACUUUGAUAAAGCUGGAAAAACAAGACAGACCUGCACUGUCUUUCUUGCAAGCUGUUAGUUACAGGGACAGUGUCACUUAAUAAACAUCAGCCAACAUGUCAGUAUUUGGCAUGAUGACAGCAGGGAGUCAGCUUCCCUGGUCUUGGCUUGUACAGUAGAUGUCAGGAUCAAGCGUGGCGCUGCCCUGUAGUCGAACCGACCUUGCAGCGUCCUGCUGGCUGUGUUUAGCACUUCCUCUAAGAUCAUUAAACCAAGUCCUGUCCUGGUUACCAGAGAGCUGAAGCAAGCAAAUGUAUUAUGUCAUCCAAACAUAAUUAGGUAGCCGCAUUGGACAAAGGCUACAGUUUUCUCUUGAAAUGUUUUCUUGCUGUAGAUUUGCUACAGGGCUGUUCUGUUCGGUGCACUGGUUUAAAGAGAAAGGGACAGAUUGAAGAAAAAUAAGUUCUUGACUGGUCAUGACCAGUGUGCAAACUAUACCAUGGCUUUUAGGGGACUUCACUUUUUUUUUUUUUACAGGGGGUGGGGGCUCAAAACUGACUGUGCCUCUUGUUUCUGAUGAACAUUUAUAGCUGCAAGCAUGUACCCACAAAACCAAACCUCACAGUCUACUCUGCACAGUUAUGUACUAUAUUCUAUAGUUUAUUGGCACAAAUAAGACACAGAUAGGUCAAAUAGCAAAUCGGCGUAUAAACCCAAAAAUAUACCCACAAUAAUGCAGCAUUCAUAUGAUCCUCGGAUGGUCCCAUUUCCCUGGUUAGGAAGUCAUUCUUCCAACUUCCAACUGUAUUCGUGAGCUUUUAACUCAUAAUUUGGAAACAACACGGGCACUACAAAAAAACGGAAAAGAAAUAUUUUUUACUCAGAGUGUUUAACAUCCCAGUGAAGAUUCACAGCAGGGAGUCAGCUUCCCUGGUCUUGGCUUGUACAGUAGAUGUCAGGAUCAAGCAUGGCCCUGCCCUGUAGUCGAACAUCGAACUUCCUCUAAGAUCAUAAACCAAGUCCUGUCCUGGUUACCAGAGAGCUGAAGCAAGCAAAUGUAUUAUGUCAUCCAAACAUAAUUAGGUAGCCACAUUGGACAAAGGCUACAGUUUUCUCUUGAAAUGUGCAAAUGUGUGUACAAAUAUGCUCAAGAGUUGUCUUGUCCCAGACUUGUUGCUACACCAGUACAUCCCCUAAAUCCACUGAAAUUGCUUUACCUGACUUGAUAUCAUGGUUAAUGCUAAUAAAUAACUUUUCUAACUAAUCUACAUCACUCUAUGUGGACAACAGUUCCAACCUAAUGCCAUAUUAUAUGUGAGCGAAAAUUAACAAGCAACACGUGAGUAAAUAAAAUCAACCAAACAUUUAGUUUUGUCUGCCAUGUUUCUGUGUGAUAUGAUAUCUCGACAACUUGUGUAACAAAAGUUUCCGUCUUUCUGAGUUGUUGUUCCAACUUGAUUGUGCAUUCGUUUUAAUUUUCCCAGUGGGGAACUCAUUUUUCAGAUUAAUCCGGCACCACAUGAAUGCACAGUAAAACUUCCUUUCUUUCUUUCUGACAUGUAUGCUGACUACAAAACAGAUAACUGAAAAAUGGCAAUAUGCUGCAAGUGGAAUGACAAGAAAGUUUGUUUUUUCUUCCAUUUUAAGUGAUUGCAGUUUAUGAUAAUACACUGCUAUGCUUCAGUGAUAAUGACAAGAGUCGCAUGCAUGCCAGUAUCGCUAUAAAAAAGUGAAUUAGUGAUGAAUCAUUCUCAUGUAUGAAUCAUACAUUAACAAUCACCUAAUUUUACACAUGAUGAUGAAGAUACGUUAGAAAGAAAAGCCUGGUAAAAACGCAAAUUGUCAAUAUUUUGAGACAUCCCCCACCCACCUCCCAAAAUUUUACAGAUCAUGUUUUUAGCGGAUGUAAUGCCUUAUUAAAGGGAAACAUCACCUACAUUAAGAAUUCCAAUAUGUUUAUUGGCUUAGGAAAGUUCAAUCAAUAUUCGUGAUCAUGAGAUACUCUCUCUCAAAGCCAGAACCCAGAGACAUAGAUAUCAAACUUGUGAUCAAUAAUGAUGGAGCUGCUGCAUAGACAGUGAGUCAUUUAUACCACCUUUCCCAGUUUGUCGUCUCUGAAGCAGCUUCACAUUGUAUACCCUAUGACAUCACAAACUUGAGCUUUAGCUUUCUAGUUUUUGGAUUUGGAAGAAUUAUUCAUGUUUACUAAUAUUUUUGGACUGUCUCAGACCACAGGAAUAACAUGUAUGGAUUUUGAAAAUGGGCAUAGUUCCUCUUUGAGAGGAGCCAAGCUCCCCUUGGCUCCCCUGUACUUUGCACCCUGGUCAUGACUGAUACCAACCCUUACUAUACAACAUACACUAAUUCACACCCCUCUCUAACCAUACUGAAGGCGUGUUGUGUCUGUGGUCAUGACAAAACACCCUGUACCUGCCUAUGGAACAUAAUUACUGAGUAUAAUCCCCGUAUAUGUAUUGUAUGUUUGGUGUGAUCAGGGGUUGUUCAUCAGAAUUACACAACAUAACAUAACUAAUGCUGUUAUCUGAGUUUUCUGCAUGUACAAACAUACUUGUUGAAGGAUUAAGACCACUGUCCAAUUUCUGUUUACAUUUUUCGGUUAUGACAAAGCAGUAGCCUAACAAUUUCAGAGGCUUUGCAUCGCCCGUUGAAAACAUGCCUGUUUGGAACGGGCUGAUGUUUGGCCUCUGGUAGUGCUGCUUGGAGCUCUCUUGAGAACCGUUCAUCCAGACAACUUCACACUUGACACUGUGCUUUUUUAGGGUCCUGAGCAAUACACCUGCCUAACACUUGAGUCCCCUAGCAGUGUGAGAGUAUACAUAUCAUUUGGGUGCAAAAGCUCACAUGGACGUUUUAUAGCCCCAGUGAAGUCAAAGUCAGGCUAUUUCCAGGAACAAAAGUUCCAAAAGUUACUUGGCUGAUGCUUGAAAUGUGUGAGUUUCCUACAGCAUAACAUCUCCGGUCUCUCAUUUUUGAAUGUCCAGUACAGUAGCGAGCGACGGAGUGUGAGCUGUACCCAGCAUGCCAUUUGAUGAUUUAACAGUUCAACAUAGUCUCACAGAAAUAUGUCAAAUGACGACAACCUCUUAAACCCCAAUUUAUGAGGUGAUGGCACAUAAUGUAUUUAUUUAAUUACAAGCGGGCACCAUGGAAACAUCAGCAAUGGAAAGUCAGGAUUUUUUGUUGUGGUGGACACAUGAUUUCCCUGGUUCAGCAACAUCGCACAUUGGAUGGUGGUUAAAGUUAUGACCGUCACAGGUAGUAUAAAGAGCAAGAAAGGCUGUAUAGGGACAAGGUUGGGUCGGUGGAUGGGUCAAACAAGCACAUGACUUUCACCCUGGAGACUGCUGUUUGUGUCCUGUGUGAAACUAAAAGUCAAUGCUGACUUAUUUUGACCUUACAUAACAAACUUAUUUAUUUAUUUUAACUGAAAACCCAAUCUUUUUUCUAAACCUAAUCAAGUAGUUUUGAUGCCUAAGCCCAACCAUGCCACCACCAUGUAAUGCAGUAUUAAGAGGUUGUAGUCAUUUCCAUGAUUUUUGAGAGAUCACGUUGAACAGUUAAUAGGGCGGGGGUCCCCUCUCACUACUAAUAAAUAUGUAAGAGCUCAUACUCCACACUGCACCUCCUUGGAUCCUCAGCAAUACACCUGCCAAGUGUGAAGUCGAUCGGAUGAACAGUUCUGUGAGAAAUUCAUAGGACAGACGUACAGACACACAGACAGAGACUCCUUCCAUCUUAGUCAGAUGGUAAAAAUCUCAUUGGUAAAAAAAAAACUGCAAACAAAAGGUAACAAAAGAAGAGCACUUUAUUUAUUUCAUCUUACAGGCAUUCAUUCAUUACAUCUUCAAUUUCUAUACAUGUAUUUUAAUCUAUUAGAGAGAAGAGAUUUUCCUUGUGGAAAUUAUGUAAAAUGUGUAAAUAUUUUAUUGUGUCAUUAUUUGUCUUUGUUGUGCAUAAAGAUGCAACAAAGCUUCACAAAAAGCAAGC